GUGCGCGGCGGGCGGGGCAGAGGGAGUUGGUGGGGGGGCCCGCUGCGCACCGACGGGGCGGGCCAUUUCUGCGCAGCGCAGGCGAGACUGGGAGCCCCGGAGCCUGGGUCCCUCCGGCCCGAGUCGCUGCGGGAGCGUCGCUGUCCCGGACGCUGGACAGCCUGAGGCUGGACCGCGGACAGGCUUGCUGGUCACCAUGACAAUGGAGACAGGCCCUGAUGCUGAGGUGAAGAAAGCACAGGAAGACCCUCCACCCCAACCCCCACAGCAGCUUGAAGGCUCGGCCUCUCAGGCCCCUGCCACUGCAGCCUUCACGGGCCCUGCUGGCCAUCCUGAGGCUAACUCCAACGAGAAGCAGGGCACCCAGCCUGAUCCCAGGCACUCGGAGCAGGGCCUCGACAUGGAGGAAAAGGAUUAUGUCGAGACCGAUGGCCUCUCCGACAGGACAACACCCAGCAAGACCCAGAAAUCUCCCCAGAAGAUUGCCAAGAAAUUCAAGAGUACCAUCUGCCGUGUGACCCUGCUGGAUGCCUCAGAAUAUGAGUGUGAGGUGGAGAAACAUGGCCGAGGGCAGGUCCUUUUCGACAUGGUCUGUGAACACCUCAACCUCCUGGAGAAGGACUACUUUGGGCUGACCUUCUCUGACCCAGACAGCCAGAAGAACUGGCUGGACCCUUCCAAGGAAAUCAAGAAGCAGAUACGUAGUGGCCCCUGGAAUUUUGCCUUCACAGUCAAAUUCUAUCCUCCGGAUCCAGCCCAGCUCACAGAAGACAUCACAAGAUACUACCUGUGCCUGCAGCUGAGGGCAGACAUUAUCACUGGCCGGCUGCCCUGCUCCUUUGUCACACAUGCGUUGCUGGGCUCCUAUGCUGUUCAGGCUGAGCUGGGAGACUUUGAUGCUGAGGAACAUGUGGGCAACUAUGUCAGCGAGCUCCGCUUUGCCCCCAACCAGACCAAAGAGCUGGAGGAGAGAAUCAUGGAGCUGCACAAGACUUAUAGGGGUAUGACUCCUGGAGAAGCUGAAAUUCACUUCCUUGAGAAUGCCAAGAAGCUGUCCAUGUAUGGAGUGGACCUACAUCAUGCCAAGGACUCAGAAGGUAUUGACAUCAUGCUUGGAGUCUGUGCUAAUGGCCUGCUGAUCUACAGAGACCGUCUGCGGAUCAACCGAUUUGCCUGGCCCAAGAUCCUUAAGAUUUCCUAUAAGAGGAGUAAUUUCUACAUCAAGAUACGUCCAGGGGAGUAUGAGCAGUUUGAGAGCACCAUUGGCUUUAAGCUCCCCAACCACCGGUCAGCUAAGAGGCUUUGGAAGGUCUGCAUUGAGCAUCACACAUUCUUCAGGCUAGUGUCUCCUGAGCCCCCACCCAAGGGCUUCCUGGUGAUGGGCUCCAAGUUCCGCUACAGUGGGAGGACACAGGCACAGACCCGGCAGGCCAGUGCCCUCAUUGACAGGCCUGCACCCUUCUUUGAGCGUUCCUCCAGCAAACGGUACACCAUGUCCCGAAGCCUCGAUGGAGAAUUUUCUCGCCCAGCCUCUGUCAGUGAGAAUCAUGAUGUGGGAUCAGAAGCUGAGAAGUCUGAGGAAGACAGAGACUAUGGUGGUGGGAGGAGAAAGUCAGAGACGGAGGAAGGAGAGCUCCGGACACCCACCAAGAUCAAAGAACUGAAGCCGGAGCAGGAAACCACGCCGAGGCACAAGCAGGAGUUCUUAGAUAAACCAGAGGAUGUACUGCUGAAACACCAGGCCAGCAUCAAUGAACUCAAGAGGACACUGAAGGAGCCCAAUAGCAAAUUGAUCCAUAGGGAUCGUGACUGGGAACGUGAGCGGAGGCUGCCUUCCUCACCAGCCUCAUCUUCCCCCAAGCAUGAAGAAGGAACCCCCAAAGGGACCCCUGAGAAAGCUAAUGAGAGAGCAGGGCUGAGGGAGGGCUCAGAAGACAAAGUCAAACCCCCACGUCCCAAGGCCCCAGAGAGCGACCCAGGAGAUGAGGACCAGGACCAGGAACGGGACUCGGUCUUCCUGAAGGACAACCACCUAGCCAUCGAACGCAAGUGUUCCAGCAUCACCGUCAGCUCCACAUCCAGCCUGGAGGCAGAGGUGGACUUCACAGUGAUCGGCGACUACCAUGGCACUGCCUUUGAGGACUUCUCCCGUAGUCUGCCCGAACUUGACCGAGAUCGGAGCGACUCCGAGGCCGAGGGGCCAGUAUUCCCACGGGACCUUGACAAGGCAGCCCCCAGCCAGGAUGAAGAGUCUAAGGCAGCGAGUGAAGCCCUAGAACGAGGGAUCUGCCCCACCCCUGACAUGCCCCACUUUGAGCCUGUGAAGACCGAGACAAUGACCGUCAGCAGCAUGGCGAUCAGAAAGAAGAUUGAGCCUGAAGCCGUAUUGCAGGCUAGAGUCAGUACAAUGGAAGCAGCCCAGGUGGAUGGGGGCACAACUGGGGGGAAAGAGAUAAUAACUUCCCACUCUAUCACCACGGAAACCACCUGCACUACCAUGGAGAACAGUCUGAGGUCUGGGAAGGGAGCAACAGCCAUGAUUCCAGGCCCACAGACGGUGGCAACAGAAAUCCGUUCUCUUUCUCCGAUCAUCGGGAAAGAUGUCCUUGCCGGUGCCUAUGGGGCCACUGCAGAAACCCUUUCCACUUCCACUACCACCCAUGUUACCAAAACUGUGAAAGGAGGAUUUUCCGAGACCAGGAUAGAGAAACGCAUCAUCAUCACAGGAGAUGAAGACGUAGAUCAAGACCAGGCAUUGGCUUUGGCCAUCAAGGAGGCCAAACUGCAACACCCAGACAUGCUGGUAACCAAAGCCGUUGUAUACAGAGAAACAGACCCAUCUCCCGAAGAAAGGGACAAGAAGCCACAGGAAUCUUGACCCCUGUGCAGAGAAGUUGGCAUUUCUAUUCAAACCAACUUGGAGAGCAGUUAAGGAGAGGGCCUUCACACUGGAUUCCGCGACUAGACACAGACAACCCAGCUGCAAUGUUCCGUCCCUGCUGAGAGACUACAAAGGAAGAGCAUAUAUAUGUAUAGAUAUAUAUAUAUAGGUAUAUACAUAUAUAUAUAUAUACACACACAGCAAACAGAACAUAGCCUUGCACUGCUACAGAAGUUGGGGGGAAAGAAAUCAAACCAACGGCUAAAGCAAAACAACCAACCACCUACGUUCGCCUUUGCAGACAAAAAAAAAUUGAUGGGAUUUUUAAGAAAAAAAGAAAAGGAAGGAAAAAAUACUACCAUGAUAAACAGAAAUAAAAGCCAGACCCCUCGUGAUAUCGCAGCUGCACAGCAAGCCGCAGGCUCUGCGUAUCCCAUCUCGCGAGGACUCGUGUGUGAGCCACUCCUUCUUUUCCAACAUCCGUCACCCAUGUAUGAGGGGACAUGCUUUGCAACAAAGCAAGCGUCAUAGAAGCUCCAACAAGAAAAAUGUUUGAAAGAAGGAAAGAAGAUCUCCACUGACAAAAGGAAGGAGUUCUUUCUUCCUGGACUCCGUGGCUAGUAUCCACACCCCAAUCUUCUCCCUCCCCCAAACUCAUGCUAGUCUCGACGUACUCUCUCACCGCCAUUGCUCCACUCUCUUCCUCUCUCCUCUCCUCGUUGCCCCCUCACCUCCUGUGUUUCACCCAGGGCUGCCCAGGGAAUUGCAGGCGACUCAUCAUUGGAAGCAAAGAAUACUGGAGAGACAAACCCAAAGAGAGGAAAAGUGGACGCUGCGUGUCUGUGGCUUCUCACUACAAUGGUGCAGCCCAUCGGGGGGGGGGGGGAUUCAUACGGAUGUGCUUUUAAGUUAUGUAUAUUAUAUAUAACAGGGAAAAAUAUUAAAAUAAACAGUGCUGGUAAGUAUGAUGCCGAAGUUUUUAAAUUAUAAUUCUUUGGUUGAUGUAUUCUGAGGUUCUUAGAUCACACUGAAAUUCCCCCUCCCCGCAAGAGGCCUAGAGUCUGUGUGCAGGUUCUGUCUCAGUGGCUGAAGGGAUUGGUGUCGUGAAACAAUGUGUGGUGUUCGUCUUUGGUGGGUUGGUGGGUAGUGAGGGGGCAGGUCCUGGGGAGGAGGGGCAGGGGUUUGGCAAGAAGGCAGCAGAGCCAUUGUCCAGAAUGUGCCAGUCAAAAGGCCUCACUAUUCUCUGUCCCUAUCCCUACCCCACCCCCACUAUAGCCUAGCUGAAUUCUAGGGAGGCCUGAUUUUUGCUUUGGGAAUGGAGGAAGAGAACUUGGGGCUUACCUACCCUGGGACCUCAGACUCCUUCCCUAGGGUAUAGGCCAGAGUCUGAACCCCCUUUUAAUGGCCACAUGCCUUUUUCCUCCCUGACCACAUUAGUGGCUGACCAUUGGCCCUGAUUCUAAGAGCUUGGUAGGACUUGCCCUGGCCCUACCUCCCAGUCUUCCUAAAAUUCACAGUCUCCCUCCUCUUCAUGUGCCAAAGGAUGAGCCAGAGUGGCAGCAAGGUCUGGGGGGACUCAGACCCAGGACAAGAAUUGUCAUGGAUCAUAGAGGACUUUAAAGCUCAAGCUCAGACUCUUGUUCCCAAAGCCCAAAUAUGACCCAGUGACCUUGGACAAUUUAUUUAACUCCUCUGGGCCUCAGUUUUCUGAUCUGUAAAAUGAGGAGGUUAGACUAAAUCUUUACCCUCCACGCUCUAAAUCCCAUUAUGAUCCAAACUGGGAAUAAAAAAAAAGACCCAAGUCAUUGCCUUCCUGUAAGAGAUUCUGGUCCCCUUACCCUCUUCUUUCUGCAUCUGAACUGCAAGCCUGAGAACAAUGGAGCCCCCUAGAAGGUCCACAAAGAGCCUUUGAAGGAAAGCUUCAGUCCUUCUGGGCCAUACCCAUCACCACAUCUGGUGUUUAGGCUUUCCAUUGGCUACUGGCUGAGGUUCAGUGAAGUCAGGGCCAGGGCUGGGUGACCCCCUCCAAGUGGGCUGCCACAGGGUAGGGCAUUAGGGGAGAAAUGCCCCCACUGCACUUUAAACAUCUCCCCUCACUUCACUCCCCAAACACAUUUAAAUUCUAUUUAUCCACCUUCACAGAAUCUCAGAGCUGGAAAAGAUCUCGGAGGCAAUCAAGUUUUAAUCCUGACCUGAACAGGAACCCCUUUUUCAUCCUCCCUGACAAAUAGGGGUAGUGUGAGAGAUAGGGAGUGCCAGGACAACUUCCCUUUGGAGUUACCCAGGUCUGAGCAGUUUCCCCCCAAUCCCAACUCUAGCCGAGAGGUGCUGGGUGUGCUUCCUUUCUUAGCUUACUUUAGAUGCCAGGUCUUUACCCCUGCCCUAUCCCCAAGCACUCUAGGUAAGACAAGAGAUUGGAGUGCUAUGAGGUCCUUAGGUCCCACAGAGAGGAGGUGUGAAAGACCCCUUUGUCUGUGAUCCAGACUUCCAUUCCCAAGAAAUGACCCUGGCCCAAACUACCUGUCUCAGGUUCUAAUGACUCCCACAGGCCCUCUGCCUCCUGUGUGUGUUCAGUAAUUACUCUUUCUGGAGGGGCUCUAGGGUGCAUGUGAUCACUGAGAGUUACAGGGUAAGUCCAUUCACUGGAGAGCUACAUACAGUCCCACUUUUUUCUUCCUCAAAAAGGUGGGAACCAAAGGAGCAGGUGUUUCAGAGGCAGUGAAGCUGCAAAAUAAAGCCAUUGGCUCUUGGCCACCCAUUCCCUCCAUGGAAAACAUUGGGCAUAGACUUUGCCUCUCUCUCCCCCUCCCUCCCUCCACUUCUUUGCUCUUCUCUCUUAGAGGCAGGGGAGGAGUCUAGGCAUCAGGAGACCCGGUCCCACUCUUGGCUCAGCCCCCAGCUCACUGUGUCACAUUCGGCAAAGAACUUCUUCCUCUCUGAGCCUUAGGUCCUCAUCCAUGAAAUCUGGGGGGGCGGGGAGGGCUGGAUCUGGUGACCCUCUGAGAUUCCUCCAUUUCUAAGAUUCUGUGAAGCCUUCUGUUUUAUUUCUCUGGAUCCCUUCAGGUUGAGGGUGCGGGAAGUGUCAGUGCCUGUUAAAAAUACCUGCAAGCACAUUCCAAGACUGGCCUGCGAUUGCAUGAACAAUGACACUAUAAAUAAAUUAUUUUUGCAGAAGCACCUUUGACCAAUCAACUGCGACAGCCUCCUUCUUGUUCCCUCGCUAACCCCUGCUCCCUCGUGCCCCCCAGCCCCCUCCCCGCCAGUGCUCCGUGCUGUAUGCGUGUGUGCUCUCUGUUCUUGUACUCAAUAAAAGUGAAAUAAAUGUGUUUGAUUCUGAACCAGA